CAGAAACAGAGUGUUGUAAACAAAACCAGAAGCUCUGCACUGUGCACGAUACAAGUGAUUUGGCGCUGAUUUUUCUUUGAAAACAGGUUUGCUUUUCCUCGAAGCUCAGUGAAACGGAAGGAGAUACACUCUCCAGUUCUAGCAGUGGAUAUGAAAGGUCAACAGAAAAGCUCAGACCCGGAUGUCAAUGUCCCUGUCAUUGAAGAAGGGGCAGUUGCCACAGCCGAAGACCCAUCAGCAAUUGCUACUAUUCAAUCCGCAGCUACUUUCUCUUCAGAGCAGCCAAUAAAAUAUCUCUUCAAAACAGAAGGAGCUGGGGGGCAGGUAGGGGAGCUGUACCCUCCCACUGGGCAGGUCACAUAUCGGGUAAUCCAAGUGGCUGAUGGGCAACUGGAAGGACAAACUGAUGGUGCCACAGCUGUUAGUGUAGUCACUGGAUUUCCAGCAACACAGCCUGUCACACAGGCUGUAUUCUCUCAGUCAGAAGGUUUGGAUGGAGAUGGCACAGAAACCCAUUACACAUACUAUCCUGCCACUAUCUCAGAUGCAACAUCAGGCACCAUGGUUACGAGUGUGCAGGCUCCUGAUACCCUCCUUAGUCAGAGCACACCCACAGGGCAAUUAUAUGUGAUGAUGUCUCCCCAGGAAGUGCUUGCUGGAGCCAACCAGAGGUCUAUUGCACCUCGCACACAACCCUAUAACGCGAAAACUGAAGCCCCAAGAACUUCACGAGAUGAGAAGAGGCGAGCUCAACACAACGAAGUUGAACGGCGACGUAGGGAUAAAAUCAACAACUGGAUUGUUCAGCUGUCGAAAACCAUCCCAGAUUGCACCAUGGACUCCACCAAAACAGGGCAGAGUAAGGGGGGGAUCCUCUCCAAGGCUUGCGACUACAUUCAGGAGUUGCGACAAAGCAACAUUCGACUGGGAGAUGAGCUUAAUACACUGGAGAGGUUAAGGAUGGACAAUCAGCUACUUCGUCAGGAGGUAGAAGACUGGAAGUCCAAGAAUCAGAUUUUGAGGAACCAGUUGCGGCAGCAUGGUAUUGUAGCGGCAGCGAGUGCAGACCCACAGUGAGAGAAAACAUGCACUGUUAGAGUGCAGUCUGUGGCUCAUUACGGCAAAGCACCAGGAUUCCUUGUCACAAACUCACACAACUUGGGAGCUGGCAUAAACGGAAAGGCCCAGUGAAAAUAUUAGUUUCCAAGCCUCAGUGAUCACUCUGGACAACAUCUCACAGAGGUCUGUUCAGUGCGCAAUAUAAGGCUAGGUCCCAAAUCGCUGGGCCUGGACUGAACGUGUAAAUACUUUUUGUUUACUCCUUUUUUUUGUAAAUCGUAAACUUCUCAUAUGUAAGCUGUAACAUAUUAGCAUUGUCUGGUCAUUUUACUGUUUAUGUCCCAAAAGCAAAGGAGGCCUCAUUUUCAUCUAUUUUGUAUGUUAACUGCUGAACUUUAGAACAUAAACUGCCAAGUUUUGCAUGUGUUUCCUAGAUUUUGUCACUGUAAAAUCCAUUGUUGAUCGCCUCCAUUAGUCAGACUAAAGAUUAGCACAGCACCUAACAACUGCCUUGACAGAGAA